UAGUCGACUAUCGCAAUAAACUAUAGGGGGAGACAGAUUCACUGCAUUUGUUGUUGUAUCGUUAUUUCGAGUUAGUCAUCAUGCCUGUGGAUAUCAAUGAAUGGACAGGUUCUCUAGCCCUCACAGAGGUGGAGGAAAAACCAGCAAAACCUCUUAUUGUAAAAUACGGCUCUCUGGAAAUCGACGCUCUCGGGAAAGUGCUGACGCCCACUCAGGUGCAGAACUGCCCCACAUCAAUCGAGUGGGAGGGAUGUGACCCCAGCAAGCUGUACACCUUGGCCCUGACCGAUCCAGAUGCACCCAGCCGAAAAGACCCAAAAUUCCGGGAGUGGCACCAUUUCAUUGUUGUCAACAUAAAAGGAAACGACAUCUCCAGUGGAUGUGUUAUGUCGGACUAUGUUGGUUCAGGACCUCCAAAAGGAACAGGUCUCCAUCGAUACGUGUGGCUGGUUUACGAGCAGUCGGGCACUAUGAGCUGUACCGAAACAGUUCUCACCAAUCGCUCUGGAGACAACCGUGGGAAAUUCAAGAUACAAAGCUUCCGGAAGAAGUAUGACCUAGGCGCUCCAAUUGCAGGGUCUUGCUACCAAGCAGAGUGGGACGACUACGUCCCCAAAGUCUACGAACAGCUGGCUGGCAAAUAGUGCCCAUCUUGAGCUCGACUUAGUUCAGUUUUGGAUUUUGUUUUUGAAAUGAAGCCUUAGUUCAGAUUUGAUUUUGUUGUUGAACGGAAUAAAGCUAAAAAAAAUGUGAUGUGUAAUUCGUGCAUCUUCUGUAAUGACUGUCAGCGCAAAUAUAGUUUCAGUCAAUGCCUUCCUUUAUUUACACACACAAGAGGUGUUGGCCUGCCUUCAAUUAAAAAAUGCUGACAAGGAAGUUCUAAAUUUCACACCUAUCAUUUUAGAUUCAGGUCUAACAUUUAUCUGGCUGCACCUUAAACUCUUUGUAUUUGUUAUCGUACGAGAAAAUAAAAUCAGACUUUAGAGAGAC